ACAAACUAAGAACUUAACAUUGUAGACUAACAAGCCAUAAAAUUAAAUAAACUCUGAGAUUGGCAAUCAUUGGUUUCUAAUGAAGCAAUUGGGUUGGAACAAAAAGAGGCAGCCACUGUGGCUCUCAAGGACCGACUGGUCUGAGGUGACCAGAGUGAAGAGAAAAGGUAACAGGACUAUUUUUGUGGAUCUCCAGUGUUGCUCACUCAGCUGUUGAGUGUCACAAUCUGUGGUCUGCCUGACAGAUAGUCCAUUAUCAGGAAAACACAUCCUCAUUCACCUGCAUAUCUCUGAGUUUACACCUUAACAGGGAUGAAUGAAUGGUACUGAUUCACUGGAGAAACCAAAAGCCAUCAUCCUCACAGUGCUGCCAGCUUUGUCAAGGUUUGACACAGAAGUUUUCUAAAGUCAUUAAAGAAUUCUGUCAUGAGGACCUCCUCAUGGUCACCAAGUACUACAAGCCCUAUCUGGCAUAUGUGAUUGAAUAUGACAUCACUAGUAUCCUGCAGAACCUGGUCACCAAGAACAUGCUCACCAACGAUGAGGCCAAGAAAUUCAAAGCCAAAGAAGAGCAAAAGGAGCGAGCAGGUGUGGAGUCCUUCAUCAGUGACAUAAUGAACAAAGACAGAGUGGUGCUGGUCAGCCUGUGGGAGGCGCUGGCUGAAGAGCUUGUGAGAUUUCCAUCACCAAACCUGCCAAGAAUAUUGAAGGAGGUGACAGAGCCGGGAACGGACCUCUUGCUUGACAUUCAGGCCAGUCUCCAGCCCUAUCCCAUUAAUGAUCUUAUUAAAGGCCUCCAUGAGACGCACAGAUGUGGUGUGUUUGAAUCCACAAGAACUCUGGAUGAUCAGGCUUCUCCUGCAGGUGAACACACCAGAGCUGUGGGCUUUGAAACACGAUAUACAGAGCUGAUGGUCAUUGACCAGUACAGAAGAACCUACAACGAGACUUAUCAUGAACUUGAGAAGACUGGAAGGAUGCAUGCAGAGCUGAUAGAGGAACGGACAAAAGUGAAAUGCGAGCGAAUCUGGACUGAGCAGCUUUUUAGAAGGAGUCCAGGAAGUGAGACUUCCCCCAGCAUUGUGGUGGUCAGUGGGGUGGCUGGAAUUGGGAAGACCACCAUGGUGCAGAAGAUCAUGUUUGACUGGGCCAGAGGCACUCAGUUCCAGAGGUUUGCAUUUGUGUUUCUGUUUAAAUUCAGGGAACUCAACCUCCUAGACACAGAGACAGAGCCCCAGAUGUUUCUGACCAGGCUGAUUGUCAGGCACUACAAAUAUCUCAAUGAGCCAAAACUAAGACAAAUCCUGAAGAAACCUGAAUCUCUGCUCUUUAUUCUUGAUGGUCUUGAUGAGUACAAACACAAAGUAGACUUCACAGAGGAGCAGCUCUGCUCAGACCCAGAUGACUUCUUUCCUGUCCACAUCCUUGUCACCAGCCUGGUCAGAAGGACAUUACUAAAGGGCUGUUCAGUUCUGAUCACAACAAGACCAACCGCCCUGGAGUCCCUGGAGAUGGAGAAAAUUGAUCGGUUUGCAGAGAUCCUGGGGUUCUUCCCUGAUCAAAGGCUGAUGUACUUUAAGAAGUUCUUUGGUGACACUGAUCAAGGCAAUGAGGUGUUUCAGUAUGUAGAAGAGAACGCCAUCCUGUACACCAUGUGUUUUAAUCCCUCGUACUGCUGGAUUAUCUGCUCUGUGCUGAAGAACCACUUCAUAAAACAUGAAGAAGAGCAAAAAGCUGCCCCUAGAACUGUCACUGAGCUCUUUGUGAUGUUCCUUCACAAUAUCCUUACUAACCACAAACGAGAAGCUGAAGGUCAACGGGGAAUUCUGGUCAAACUGGGAAAGAUGGCUUAUUAUGGAGUGGACAACAGGACUCUUGUGUUUUAUGACAAAAUGGAGAUGUCCACCUUUGGUCUCCAGAAAGUUGUCUUGUCCAGUCCGUUCCUUUCAGGGUUCCUCAAAGAAAUCCUUCAGAGAGAAAGCACUCUGGAGCACACAACAUACACCUUUUUCCACCUCACCCUUCAGGAGUUCAUGGCUGCCUGCUCCUUCUAUCUUGAUCCAUCAGGGGGCAUCGAGGAGCUGCUAAAGAAGCUGGACUCAUGUAAAGAUGGCCGGUUUGAGAUUCUCACUCGAUUCCUGGCAGGACUGGCCAGGCCUUCUGUGUUCAAAACACUAGGGGCAAUCCUGGGAGAGUUUGAGAGGAAGACGGCAAAGCAGAUACUGGAGUGGGUGAAGAAAAAAGCUGAACAAGCACUACAGGGUGAAGGUAAAAGUGAAGCUCUACGAGUGUGUCAGUGGCUCUAUGAGACUCAGAAUAAGAAAUUAAUUAGAGACGCCAUUGGGAAGGACUUAAAGAUACACUUUAGUGGAUCAACUUUAUCUCCUCUGGACUGUGCUGUGCUGGGCUCUGUCAUCAGCUGCUGUGGAGAACUUGGGGAGCUCAACCUGUCAAACACAGAGCUCACCUAUGAGUGCAUCAGGAGACUGGAGCCAGGGCUCAUCUGCUGUAGACAUGUGAAUCUGUGGGCAUGUCAUCUCAGUUCCAAGUGUUGUCCAACUCUCUCCUCAGUUCUAUCUUCCUCAGACUCACAACUAACUGAACUGGACCUGAGUGACAACAAGAAAAUGGAGGAUCCAGGCCUGAAUCAACUGUGUGAGGGGCUGAGAAGUGGAAACUGCAAAUUAAAAAAACUGAGGCUGUCGGAUUGUCUUCUCACCUCCAGAUGUUGCACAGCUCUCUCCUCAGUCCUCUCUUGUGCACACUCAAAACUGACUGAACUGGACCUGAGCAGAAACAAAAACCUGGAGGAUUCAGGAGUGGCUCAGCUGUGUGAGGGGCUGAGGAGUGAAAACUGCAAAUUAGAGAAACUGAGCCUGUCCUUAUGUGAUCUCACCUCCACAUGUUGUUCUGGUCUUUCCUCAGCCCUUUCUUCUCCACACACACGACUGACUGAACUGGACCUGAGUGACAACAACAUGGAGGAUUCAGGAGUGGAUCAGCUGUGUGAAGGGCUGAGGAGUGAAAACUGCAAAUUAGAGAAACUGAACCUGUCCUACUGUGAGCUCACCUCAGAAUGUUGCUCAGCUCUCUCCUCAUUUCUUUCUUCUCCAAACUCACAAGUGACUGAACUGAACCUGAGUGAGAACAGCCUUGAGGAUUCAGCAGUGGAUCAGCUGUGUGAGGGGCUGAGGAGUGAAAACUGCAAAUUAGAAACACUAUGGCUAUUUGGGAAUGAUAUCAGUGCAACUAAGAAGAACCACCUGAGGUUGCUGCAGGAGGAGCUGAGAAGGUCUGGACGGCAGGUGGAUAUCAUCACAAGAGAAGAGAAGAUAUGGGGAUCAUCUGAGUAAGGGCAGUCCCUGUCCACUCCCUCUAAAUUCCUCACUUUAUUCUUUUAUAAUAUUGUCAUCUCUCCUCAGUAAUAAAGUCUUCAUAUCUGCUUUUCA